AUGCCUUCUGGUGCAUCUCGUUCUUCUACUCGUCGUCACCACGCUGCUCGAGCCUCCAAGUCCUCCUCGGGCAAGCAUGUGUCGAAAACCUCCCAUGACUCUGAUAUUAAAUUAGCCAGCACCCUUCCCGAAGACCAGUACAAUUCAGAGAACAAGUCCCUGUGGCAGGACGUCAAGGCUACGCAAGGCAACCCCCGCACCCUUAUAAUGACUGUUGUUGCACCCGAGCAGAAGAAGUCUAUGAAAGACUUGAUUGAUAAGAAGCAAAAAAGGAUCGAAUCAUCCGUCGUUGUUAGCACAGAAUCACAAUUUCAAAAACACCUCAGCAGCGCGAUCAAAGCCAACAACACUGGAAAAGGGACUUUCAAGUCACUCUACCUCCUAGUGAGCUCGACAGUUGCUCAGUUGACCUACCACAUCGAUGGCUUUGUCGACCAAGUCUUCGUUAAGCCCUGUGGGUCAGCAGGUCGGCCGGACGCGCUCUACAUCGGAAGUUCAUCGACCUUCUGUGGCUUCAAGGCUUUUGCUUGGGAUGCGCGCACUGGCGAUGAGCUAGUUAAGAAGCAGUUGACGCAUCACGAGGGCUGCAUAUACGACCUCAGAGGUGCCGAGGAGGAGGCCCGGGCACUCGUUAGACAACCGAGAAUGACCGUUGACUUCACAUCGAAAGAACAGGCCAACUUUCAACAACAAUUCGAGGAAGUCACACGUACAAGAGUGAGUCCGAGCCCCGGAGAGUCUCCAACUCCCUGUUCUAAUGGAACAGACACGUGGUUCGAGAAAUGGAAGAGUCUUCUUGCCACUAUCAUAGCAGCCGGUGCUGGUGUAGCUGGCAUCGCGGGCGGAUUCUGGAUCAGUGCAGGAGGCAUCAUGAUCAAAGGCCCUUGUGGUUUUUCCCUUGCUGCUGGUUACAUCACUGUUGCAGGUUGCGGAGCAGCAGCGGCCGCAGGAGUUGCAUCGACUAUGCUUGCCUAUGGCGCUGUCUACUUCAUCCCCUGGGACAAGGUCUGGCAGUUUGUCCGCCGCCAGUUAUCGCGGAUCUGGGAUAAAAUUCUUGAAGCAGUCAUGUGGAUCAAAGAUAAGCUGGCACAAUUGGCGAGUAGCAUUAAGUCUAAGAUAUUGUAG